CGUCAGAAGCCAACUAUCGGUUACGUCUGCUGCCUGUAAACAAAUCUCUACAACAACACUACGAUGUACGGUAUAGACAGAUUUCAUGAGCAGCUGCGGUGCUAACAGUCACCAUGUAGCCGCCGCCUAGCGACGCUUUCCACUCCGAGGACGGUACGACGGUCGGUUUUUGACACCAGCGGGACUUGCACUUGUUUGGGCCGGUGGUAUUACAGGUAUUUUAUGCUAUUGUCACGGUGGUCGCCGGGUGAAUCACACACCCAAGCUAGCUCGUUAACGGUUCGCAACCCGUGUGAAUCUGGCUGUUUUGGCACCGACCAGCGCUCACUAGCUGUAAUCAGUCCAGAGGUACGUGAACAUGGCAUCGCAGGCAGAGCACGACCUGGCUCUAGCUGAAGCGGACAGCAGCAAAGAGAAAGCUCAGGUGUUUGGGAUACUGAGGCUGCAAGAGGAGAAAUCCAGUGCUGUGGAGAAAGCAAACAGUACAGCGAGAGGAGGUGGUGGUGGAGGAGGAGGAGACGGGCGAUGGCAGGCUCCUAUCUUCGCUUUAGCCAGGAAAGCAUCUGAGACCAUUUCUGGGAGCAUUCACGUCCUGCCCAAAGUGUCGGAGCACAGGACGUCUCUGCCUGGAGAAUGGACCGUCCAAGCCCUGCGAGACCCGAUGGCUAUGGAGCGAGCCAACCUCCUGAACAUGGCCAAGCUGAGUAUCAAAGGGCUGAUCGAGUCGGCUCUGAGCUUUGGAAGAACGCUGGACUCAGACUACCCACCUCUGCAGCAGUUCUUCGUCGUGAUGGAGCACUGUCUCAAACAUGGCCUUAGAGUGAAGAAGUCCUUCCUGGGCUUUAAUAAGUCUCUGUGGGGUCCUCUGGAGCUGGUGGAAAAGCUGUGUCCUGAAGCAGCAGAGAUCUCGGUCUCAGUACGAGACCUGCCUGGACUUAAGACACCGUUAGGAAGGGCCAGGGCUUGGCUGCGUCUGGCUCUCAUGCAGAAGCGGCUGGCCGACUAUCUGCGACUCCUCAUCACCAGAAAAGACUUGCUCAGUGAUUUCUAUGAGAAUUCAUCUCUGAUGCUGGAGGAGGAGGGUGCAGUGAUCGUGGGCCUGCUGGUGGGCCUGAACGUCAUCGAUGCCAACCUGUGUGUCAAAGGGGAAGACCUGGACUCUCAGGUUGGGGUCAUUGACUUCUCAAUGUACUUGAAGAACGACAUUGAUGAUUACAGGAGUGAAGAGAGGAAUAGCCAGAUAGCAUCCAUCUUGGAUCAGAAGAACUAUGUAGAGGAACUGAACAGACAACUCAACUCCACAGUUCAUGGUCUUCAGGGCAGAGUGGACUCUCUGGAGAAGUCCAACUCUAAACUAAUCGAAGAGUUAGCCAUCGCCAAGAACAACAUCAUCAAACUGCAAGAAGAAAACCAGCAGCUGAGGAGUGAAAACAGUCUUAUUCUACAGAAGACACAACAACAUUUAGAGGUAACCCAAGGUGAUGUGUCAGUGGAGAGAGACACCUACAAACAGUCUCGCCAGGGUUUGGAUGAGAUGUACAACGAGGCUCGAAGACAACUGAAGGAGGAGUGUCAGCUCAGACAGGAUGUUGAGAAUGAGUUGGUGGUCCAGGUGUCAAUGAAGCAGGAAAUGGAGCUGGCCAUGAAACUUCUUGAGAAAGAUAUUCAUGAAAAACAGGACACGCUGAUUGGUCUCAGAAAUCAGCUGGAUGAGGUGAAAGCCAUCAAUGUGGAGAUGUACCAGAAGAUGCAGUCAUCCGAUGAUGAGAUGAAGAAGAAGAACGAUGUGAUCACUCGUCUGGAGGAGAAGACCAAUCAGAUCACUGCCACCAUGAAGCAGCUGGAGCAAAGAUUACAGGAGGCAGAGAGGCACCGCACCUCGGCCGAAGAGGGAACCAGACGUUUCAAGUUGGACUUUGCCAACAAGGCCGACAGCCUGCAGCGGCAGAUUGAACACAGAGAAAGACAACUCCAGCAGCUGGAGACGGACCUGAAGAUAGAGAGGGAGUGGAGGCAGACGUUACAGAAUGAUCUGCACAGAGAGAGAGAUACGGUGACCCAGCUCAGCGCAGAGGCAAUGCAGAUUAACGGGCUAAAAAAGGAGUUCCAUCGCCUCCAGGAUGAAAACAUUCAGUUGAAGACAAUCUGUGAAGACCAAGAACAAGCUCUCGAGGAGCUAGGCUCCAAACUCAGCGAAUCCAAAAUGAAGAUUGAGGACAUCAAAGAAGCCAACAAAGCUCUUCAGGGGGGUCAGGUUUGGUUGAAGGACAAGGAUGCCAGCCACUGCAAGUUGUGUGAAAAGGAGUUUUCCAUCUCAAGACGAAAGCACCACUGUAGGAACUGUGGGGAGAUUUUCUGUAACAGCUGCUCAGACAAUGAGCUUCCUCUGCCUGCUUCUCCAAAACCAGUCAGAGUCUGUGACACCUGCCACGCCCUGCUCCUGCAGCGAUGCUCCUCCAACCCUACUUGAAGGAGUCCCACACUGCUGCUUCAAACAAUCUGACAUCAGACUCCAAAAUACCCCCCCCCCCCAAAAAACUUAUCUUGACAGUGUUUGCUGCUAAAAAUGGACCACAUGCAUGAACAUUCAGUGCUUUUGAUUUAUCUUCUUUACAGUUAGGAAAAAAGGUCUGCAUCAAUCUGACCUUUGUUUGACAUCACUACAUUUUCUACAAAUUAAGACAUUCAAACAUCUCUUAUCAUCAGACACAGACAAGAGAGCAGCUAGUGUAGCACUUUAGCACGGGCCAAAAUAUUUAACUUGUUGAUGGACAAGUUGGAAAUUGAAGUAGUGAGAGUUUUUAGUCUGCUUUAGCAUCUUAAAGGAUGACAUGCUUCUGUUUAAAUGUGCAGCAGUUAGAGGAAAUUAUUUAUUUUCAGUAAAUUUAGUCAUCAGUGACCUCGAUGGAAGGAGUCAUGCAGGACAGCAUGAACUCCCUUCCGCUUUAGAUCCCUGUGUUUCCUGUGUUGUCCUGCACCAAUAGGACAAAAAUUACAAAAUAUAUUUUCUAAAACUUAAUAUAUCAUAAUCAAAGUUCAGUGAACUUUUAAGACAGUAAAGUGGAAUCAAGUAGCUGGACUGUUGAUCAAGUUUUCAGGAAGCUGUAAGCUCUUAAACCAUCUAUCCUCUCAUCACUCCAUCUGACUGCACUCGCAUAGAAACCACUCUAAACUCUAAAAGGCACAGCAGGUGUGACCAUAUCAAGGUGAACUGCAGGCAUGCUGUGCUGCUGCGCGUCACUAAUGCUGAUCAGCAGGUCAGGUUUUAGUAAAUGCAUCAUUAAAGUUUCAGAGGAGGAGCAACUUAACUAUGAACUGUUGGUGAACGUGCACUGACUGAGCAGCUAAAUGCAGAUACUUUCCUCAACCAAACUUCCAGUCUUAUUUAGUUACAUCAUUACAAUGUUUGUAUGGAGCCUCAAACUGUACACAGUAGCUGUAUAGAGAUUGAUAAUUUAUACAUGCAGUAUGAGUCUUACUGUCGGAUGUCCGGUGGCCUUAAUGUUGUUGAGUCUAACUCCAGUGCACCCUUUUCUGAGGCGGAGUGAAACACAAAGAAAGGCAGCUUUUACACAGGCACAUCUUAAAUCAAACCUAAUAUGAAACUAAACUAAAUCACAUUUUCUGUCUUCUUUUAAAUGCUGUUGUUUCACAGGAACAAUAGAUUAUUAUUAUUUAAUAAUUUGGCUCUGCCGUCAUCAAAGAUUUGUUCAGAGAAAGGCAUCAGUCAGCUCUGCUCAUUCCAGAAUAUUCAGUGUGAAAUCUGCACUGAAACAUGGACUUUUCCCACAGUCUAAUUUCAGUAACGUUUACUGCUUCAAACAGUUUUUUCUCUGCUGACGCUAUGACUAGACUUGUUCCCCAUGAGGCUGUGGCUUUAAAGGAACUGAAAAUCUAUUUUCCCUCCCUCCCAGCAUUUGUGCCUGUGUAAAUGCUAUAAAAACUACUUGUGCUUCUCAUGUUGCCAAAAUGAGCCCUAUAUUUCCACAGGAUUUCUACAGAGAGGAUAUCUGUAGAGAGAAUCUGAAAUAAUGGCCCAAAAUAUUUCAAAGUAGCAACACUAGCCUAUACUAGCCAAGCAAGCAGCCUCAAUCUAAGGCACAUUUCACUGUUUCUUUGAGACACUAAUACAGUAGAUGCUGCUUCAAGGACCAAGAAGAGCAACAAGUGUUGUAACAUCUCUGGUGGCUGAUUUAAAUCUGUGUCAAACUCUGGCUCUCGUGUUGUUGAAGCACUGAUGGCUAGCUAACAAACACAACCACUUCACUUAAUAGUUAGCAGCUGCUGAAAAGAGACUUGAAUGUUUCUUCUCAAAACAGCCACAGAGUAUGUUUGAUAAUUUGCCAAUCCAUAAUUGCCUGUAAUGCAGAUUAAUUUGAUAGUAUUUAUAUUUUUUGUGUUUUAUGCACAUUAUUUACUCUCAAAAGUCCAAUGAAUUUAUUGAACUUUCCCGUUUUGCUUGAAUUUAAUUGUAAUCUGAAGAUGGAGACAUCAUAGAAAAACCACAUUUUACUUCUUGAGAGGGGUACUUUAAAACUUUGACCCAAUUAUGUUUUUUUUUCUUUUCUUUACGAGAGAUAUGUUUUUUGUGUAAUCAAACUAAUGCUGACGACUGUGAAGGUUACAAGUUCUUCAUUGACGGGUUCCUCUGCACAUUCUGGUUUUGUACUUGUAUACAGUGUUUUACAACUUGUAAUUUUUUUAAAGAACUGGAAAUAUUCAUUCCCAUGAAGAGAUAAAACAGGCCUGAGUUCACUUCAGGGAGUGUGCCCCCCCCCCCCAGAUAUUUAAAAGCUUCAUAAAAGUGGGUCAUAUCUUAUCAAGUAAAAUAGGUUGAAUGUUUCUGAAUUGCACCCAGGCCUGAAACAUUUUUGUACAGUGUCACUCUUAUAUAUCUCCCAGCUUUCAAUGGGACUUGUACAGUGUUGAUACUACUGUAUGUUUUAUGUACAUAAUGUUGUUAAUCACUGUGGCUCUUUAGCUUACUAAAUCAAGACAAUAUUAACUCUUGCCAACAGUAUGUUGCCUUCACUGUGUAGCAUUUUCUGAUUAAAUCAAGUUA